CUGGUGACGUAGAGGACGGUCACGUGGUGAGCCGGUCAGCUGACUGCCGUCUUCCGGGUUGUCGGUCGCUGUUUACCGACAGUAAAUAAAAACUGUGAUCCGGUUCGAGUCUGCUUCAAUCAGCUGGAGGUCAAAGCCAUGAACGCUUCGGACAGUGACGACGACUCGUAUACCGAGAGGUCGGCGUUGGUCCCGUCGGAGAAUCCGGUGGUUCCGUCCUACCGACCGGAUCCGGACCUCGACGCCGCCGGCGACACGGUGUCCAAAAGGUCUGCGGCGAGCAGGAGGGCGGGACCGGCGGCGGCGGCGGCGGAUGGCGGCGGCGGCGGCGGCGGCGGCUCAGACCCGGAGGUGGAUGCAGACGAUGAGGAGCUGACUCUGAAGUACGGAGCCAAACACGUCAUCAUGCUGUUCGUCCCCGUCACGCUCUGCAUGGUGGUCGUGGUCGCCACCAUCAAGUCGGUCAGCUUCUACACGGAGAAGACCGACCAGCAGCUGAUCUACACGCCGUUCACGGAGAACACCGCGUCUGUCGGCCGCCGGCUCCUCAACUCCGUCCUCAACACCAUCAUCAUGAUCAGCGUCAUCGUGGUCAUGACCAUCUUCCUGGUCGUCCUCUACAAGUACCGCUGCUACAAGUUCAUCCACGGCUGGCUCAUCCUGUCCUCCCUCAUGCUGCUCUUCUGGUUCAGCUUCAUGUACCUGGGACAAGUGUUUAAGACUUACAACCUGGCGGUGGACUACCCCACGGUGGGGGUGAUCAUCUGGAACUUCGGGGCAGUUGGUAUGAUCUGCAUCCACUGGAAGGGUCCACUGCAGCUGCAGCAGGCCUACCUGAUCCUCAUCAGUGCCCUGAUGGCCCUUGUCUUCAUCAAGUACCUCCCCGAGUGGUCGGCCUGGGUCAUCCUGGGAGCCAUCUCCGUCUACGACCUGGUGGCGGUCCUGUCCCCUAAAGGUCCUCUCAGGAUGUUGGUGGAGACGGCUCAGGAACGCAACGAGCCGAUAUUCCCCGCCCUCAUCUACUCCUCUGCCAUGAUGUGGACGGUGGGGAUGGCGAGCCCGGCGGACGCUCAACGCUCCGAACACGAAACAGACGAGGAGGCGGAGCAGAGCAGCAGGGGGGCGGGGCCUGAGAGUCGAAGGCCGCUUCCAGAUGACGACCUGGAGGAGGACCGUGGAGUGAAACUCGGUCUCGGGGAUUUCAUCUUCUACAGCGUCCUGGUUGGAAAAGCUGCAGCGACCGGAGGAGACUGGAACACCACGCUGGCCUGCUUCGUGGCCAUUCUUAUCGGGCUGUGCCUGACGCUGCUGCUGUUGGCGAUCUUUAAGAAGGCUCUGCCGGCGCUGCCGAUCUCCAUCACCUUCGGCCUCGUCUUCUACUUCUCCACAGACUUCCUGGUUCAGCCCUUCAUGGACAACCUGGCAGCUCACCAGUUCUACAUCUGAAGCCCCGCCCCCUCACCUUCCUCCUCCUCCUCCUCCUCCUCCUCGUUAUCUGCAGGGCCGUCUGAUGGAGCAACGCACAGACUUCUUCCUGUCUCAGUUUGGGGAACGUGAUGCAUUAACCCCACUACAGGAAGUGAUGUAAUGCAGACAGGAAGCUGGCGUGGGCGGCUGCAGGUUACCUGGUUGAUUCUGCUCAGGUGUGUCACCUGCUGACUCAUAGUUCAAAGGAAAGAUCCUGUAACUCAUCGUGUCUGUAGAGUCUCUGUUUCUGAGGGACCAUUUGGAUGUAACACUCGCUGUUUGUUAGCUCCACCACGGCUGCGUGUGAUUGGCUGACGCACAUUCCUGUUUGUCCCUCCACUUCCUGUUUGUUCCACUUCCUGUUUGUCCCUCCACUUCCUGUUUGUUCCACUUCCUGUUUGUCCUUCCACUUCCUGUUUGUCCCUCCACUUCCUGUUUGUCCUUCCACUUCCUGUUUGUCCCUCCACUUCCUGUUUGUCCUCCACUUCCUGUUUGUUCCACUUCCUGUCGGCUUCAGUAAACCUGGCUCCUGAUUGGUUCACACAGAACAGUUCACAUUAUUUUUCUUCGUACAUUUUGCUCGUGGUUAGGUUAGCCUGUCAGCUAGCUAACGCCGUCUGUUUAUCUGAAUAAAGUCGCUGCAGAAAGGAAACGCGAUGAACGCGAUGAACGCGAUCGCGACAAAUGUUGGCUAAGCUGUGAAAAUCAUGCUAACCUUGGAGCUAACGUCAGGCUAACGAACUUUAUGUUUCUACGAUCAGUUCUUAACUUUUUUACAUUAAACCAGCUGAUUUAUAUUUGCUGGUCCAGAUUUUUAUAAUCAGAUUUAAGCCCCGCCCCUUUUUGCUCUGUGCUCCAAUCUUCAGUUAGCUAAUGUUAGCAAAAUGCUGGCUAGGUAGCUAGCUAGCACUUAUUAAAAGGGGGCGGGGCUUAGGAAGGGUCAGUUCUCAUUGUAUUGAUAAUAGAUUUUGGAUGAAUUAUUAGAAUAUCUUACGAUUUCAAAUACUUUCAAUCCGACAGAGCGGCUAACGCUAUGCUAAUGCUAAAUUAAAACGUAAACUGAGAUUUUGUUUUCUACGUGUAAAAUGUGUCACAAUCAUUUUAUUAAAACACAUUUUGAACA